AUGGAGUCUUCUGCAGACUGGCUAGCCAGCGCCGCAGCGCGGGGCCGCGCCCAGGAGGUGCGGGCGCUGCUUGAGGCAGGCGCGCCGCCCAAUGCCCUGAAUCGGUACGGUCGGAGCCCGAUUCAGGUAAUGAUGAUGGGCAACACCCGCGUAGCCAGACUACUGCUGCUCCACGGCGCAGAGCCCAACUGCGCAGACCCAGCCACCCUCACCCGACCAGUGCACGACGCGGCCCGGGAGGGUUUCCUGGACACGCUGGUGGCGCUGCACCUGGCAGGGGCGCGGCUGGAUGUGCGCGACGUCUGGGGUCGCCUUCCGGUUGACCUCGCAGAGGAGCGGGGCCACCGCGACGUUGCGCAGUAUCUGCGCGCGGCGGCAGGGGACACCGAAAGCGGCAGCCCAGCCUGCAAGGCCGGAGGGGAGGGUCCCCCAGGUAACCCCGACUUAAAGAAUCAUUGAGGUCUGAGACACUUAGAGCCUCAAUCUACAAAGUUGGAAGAAAGCCCUACAUUUUGCCAAAAUUUUCCCUGCUUUCUUAUUUCCAACUUUUUAAUAAAUACAGCUUUUAAAAAA